GCCACCGUCGUGCCUGCUCGUCGCCGCAGCCCAGCUCCCGCUUUCUGGUCGUCCGGUGCUUCGCUGGUGGGGGGAACGGCUGCUUCCGCCGCCUCUCCGCGGCCAGCUGCCCUGGAGGGAUGUCGAGGAGCUCCAAGGUGGUGCUGGGCCUCUCUGUGGUGCUCACGGUGGGCACGGUCGCCGGGGUGCAUCUUAGGCAGAAGCAGGACCAACAGAGGCUUCGAGAUGGAGUGCUCAGAGAUAUAGAGAGGCAAAAUCGGAAAAAAGAAAAUGUUCGUCUUUUGGAAGAACAGAUUAUUUUGACUAAGCAUCUUGAAGUAGAAAGAGAGAAGAUGUUAUUGGCAAAAGGUUCUCAAAAAACAUGAGUUUUGAAGUGAAAUACUAAUG